AUGGGUCUUCGAUAUUCUCAAUGUCUGGACCCAGAUGGUGUUGACAACGACUUUCCUGAUCAUCCAAUCCAUUCCAAACAAGUAUUCUGUGCGCAUCCGUGCUAUGACGGGCUCGGGUAUGGAUCCUCUGAAGUAGAGGACGAUGAUGAUGAUUGCGACACUGGAUCCCGAUUUCCUGUUUUCUAUGCCCGCGGUCCCACCACAAGGUUUCUUUAUUCGCACUCCCCACGAUUCAUGGCUGCUUCCUCCAGCUUGUCAAGGUCAAAGCCGCUCUUCCGAAAGACUUCCAAAUAUAACAAGAAUGGUAUAGCAAUCACGUAUGGGUGCGGGCAAUGUUUAACUCAUUUAUCUUCAUCCAACCAGAUCAUCAGUGAUCAAUAUACAGGCAAGACCGGAGAUGCUUUGCUCAUCAACAGCGUGGUCAAUGUCGUUCUUGGCGAGCCCGAGGUGCGAGAGAUGACCUCCGGUUUAUACACCGUUUGUGAUAUCAAAUGCCACCAAUGCCACAAGUUGCUAGGCUGGAAAUACAUCAAAAGCCACCAGGCUUCGCAGAAAUUCAAGGAGCAAAGAUACAUCCUUGAGAUAAAUAAUAUGAAGGUGGUCGCAUAG